GCGUGGCCACAGCCAGGGAGAGAUUUUGGGGGCUAUUUCGCCAUCAGCCAGUGCUGUGCAGCGUUUAGUCGAGCAUGAGACAGCCAAGGGUGAGCACCAGAGUUUUCACACAAUAAAGGUGCGGAAGGGGACCAAGCACUCCGGGGAUACCACCAACCCACGGGAGAGAAGCCUACCACCAUGUUCAAGACCAGCUACACGCGUGAGGUGCGCAAGGAAAAGUAUGAGCGCUCAGAUGUCUUUGAUGAGGAACUUGAGGACUCUGAAUCCUCUGCAGGCAUCUCGGCCAUCCAGGGCUGGGAGAGCCUUCAGGAGCUCAACAGCCGCUUUGCCCGGUACAUCAACAGGGCACGGGUCCUGGAGCAACGCAACGCCGUGUUCCGCAAGCAGCUGGAGACGCUGCAGCGGAUGGAAGAGGCCAGCGGUCUCGAGGAGGCCUUCACAGAGCAGAUUGAUGUCAACAGGCAGCGCAUCCGUGAGCUUUCCUCCGACCAUGCCAAGCUGGAGCGAGAGCUGAGAGAUGCUUGCCGCAUGCUGGAUGAAUUCACCAGCAAAUAUAGAAAUGAAUGUGACUAUCAAGAACAGCUGCGGGGCACACUGGAACAGUUAAACAAGGAGGCCGACAGUGCUCUGCUGAGAAACCUGGACUACCAGAUCCAAUCACAGUUCCUGCAGGACGAUAUCAACUCCACCAGAGAUAGACAGAGAAAGAACCUUGCAGAGAUCCAGACCUAUGUAAACAUUUUGCAGCAAAUCAACCAGACACUUCCUCUUGCUCCCAAUGUGUCAGUGGGCAUCUCCGAGGAACAGGAGAAGCUGCUGGCCCAGAGAAAAGUGCCCGGACUGAAGAGUCAGCUGGAGGAAUAUAAGAGCGCCCUCUGUCAGCUGCAAGCCCAGAAACAACGCCUACAGACUGAGACCAUAGCACUGGAGCAAUCCAUCAAAAGCACACAGGAGACUUAUGACGAUGAGAUCCAGAUGUACAAUGAGCAAAUUGAAUCUCUGCGGAAGGAGAUAGAGGAAGCUGAGAGGUCCCUGGAGAAGUUCACCAGUGAAUGUCGCCACCUGGCCAUGUACCAGACAUCUCUUGAGAAUGAGCUGGAGAGGUACAAGAGGAUCAUAGAGAACGAAGAUAACAGGUUGAAUUCAGCGAUAAUUGGCACUCCCAUUACUCUGUUCACUACUAAUUACCGCUACACUCACACACCCACUGCAUCAAGCAGGGGGAGAGAUAUCACCCAAGCUAUGCAAGAUAUUACCAGCAUCAAGCCCCGCCAGAAAAUCCUGGCCAAGAAGGUCCUGAAGAAAAAAGAGCUGACCCCGAAAGAUGUGAUGGACAGCGGACAGGAGGAAAGAAAUGGGGAAGCCGCUGGAGAGGCUCCAGAUGAAGAAACAAAGGGGAUCCCUGAAGAAGUGCAGGAGGAGAGAGUGAAGAGAAAACAGCAUAGACCUGUUCUCACUGGAGUGUCUCCACAGGAUGUCCCAGAUGGAGCUCAGAUCAGCAAGGCCUUUGACACUCUGUGUAACAUUGUCAGAGACAGAAUGAGGAAGUACAAGAAGCCUGAGCCAAUUGCUGACUUCUACACCAAGGGGCGCUAUGUCCUUGUCACUGGUGACGGCAGCUACCCAGAUCCCUGCUUCUACACAUCCACACCAUCAGGUGGUCACAUCUUCGUCACUAUCAGAAAUGGAAUGAUGCCUCCAUAUGAUCCUUAUGGACGCAGCUCGCCCACUCCUCCACCUCCUCAGCCCAUGGUAGAUCCCAGGCCUCUCAAUCCCACCCUGCCCUCUAAUGGAGGAGGAGGAAAGGAUGAUAAUAAGGGUGGAAAAGGUAAGGACGGGAAUGGAGGUAAAGGUAAGCAAAAGAACGGAGAGCCUCACCCCCUCCCUAAAGAUCCAAGCCCAGCCCCUCCACCCUCUGACCCAAGCUCCGGUCCCAAAGAUCCCACCCCAGGUCAUCCCAAGAAAAGCAGGGAUGACAAUGGGCCCAUUCCAAAGCCUGCACCUCGUGGUGCAAGCACCAGCUCCAGCUCCAGCUCCAGCUCUAGCACCAGCACCAACACCAACACCAGCACAAGUACCAGCACCAGCUCAGGCAGCUAUACCCCAGAUGCCAUGAGCUACGAGAAGGUGGAGGUGGUUGAGUCAGUGGAGAAGUUUUCUAAUGACCGCAAGGUUAAAGGUUAUGAGGAGACUUCCAUGGUGGUGGAGACCAUGAUUGAGAAGUCCAGUAAGAAGAAACAUUGAAAACACAUCACCUGACAUGAAGAGUCAGUCAACUCCACCAGGGUCAUACAUGAUUCAGGUCCACUAACAAGAAGACAAUACGGAUGUCGGUAUCAGACUACAUAAAUACCACUGUUCCUCAAACUACUGUAAUAAGACCAGUGUUUUUGUCUCUGAGACCAAUCAUGCUUAAAGACCAUCUACACAUUCCUGCUCUGAUAUUCAAUGCUCUUCCAUUUGCUUGCAGUCUCUGGUCUUGCGUCCAGAAUACGUUUGGCUGGUUCCAUAAGUACUGCUGUUGUUGUUCGACUUAACACCCACCCAUGCUCAUGCUAUGAGUCCUUUACUGUCUGAAAACUUGAGACAAUGAAAAACAAAGUUCCAUGCCACCAAUAAAAAUACAUAAAAAACAAAAUUUAAAAAAAGAGAGAAAUUGUGCCACCCUCUGAACUCUGUCUCAGAAUGCCAACUUUCCCCUUUGAGCUCAUUUGUUCAAUUGGAUUCCAAUGCCUGCCCUCAGCACAAUUUUGCUGUGUAUUA